AUGGCACUACAAGCGCCCGUGAAGCUUCCUUACUUUCGCGCUGCUGCGGAACUGCCAGGGCCUCUACCUACCCCAGAUGAAAUCCGCGACGCAUCAAAGUCCGAGCUGUCUCCUAGGAGGAGCGCCUGGGGAGACGGCGGUGGCAUGUGCCUCGUCAGGGGUGUCUACGUUGUGAAAUUCGGCGCCACCGUUACGGAAAAUGAGGGGAACGCCCUUCUCUUCGUCGAGAAACAUCUCAAUAUUUCCGCGCCCCGUUUAUAUGCCAUGUACCGUGACCCGCCCUCUGGCCCUCUUUAUCUGGUUAUGGAGUACAUUCGGGGCGUCGACUUGGAGUCGGUCUGGAACUCCCUCUCGGUAGAAGCUAAGUCGUCGAUUGCCACGCAGCUGCGGCCUAUAUUCGCGCAAAUGCGUUCAUUUAGUCCGCCCCACGACUUUAUUGGCGGUGUUUGCGGUGGCAGCAUUCCUGACCCAGUCUUUGAGACGGAUUGGCCCAAUCCAAGUAUCAAUGGUCCGUUCAGGACCGCGGAAGAGGUCGGUUCGGCGCUAGCCCUCGCAUCGCGAAGUAAUUGGGAACAAACCGGGCGGCGCGGGUGGACAUCCAGCUUCUUUUCCCGGCACCUUGCCACUGCCCUGAAGAACCAUGGAGUAAACUUUACUCAUGGAGACCUACACAUGCGAAACAUCCUGGUGGAGAAAGUACUCACAGAACCCAAGCCAGGAGCGCCGGGGUCAAAGCAGCGGAGUCUGACCAGCGAUGGCUCUAUCACGUCAGAGGUAUCGUGGACUGGGAGUCGGCGGGAUGGUAUCCCGCGUAUUGGGAAUAUGCCUCGGCAGUUGCACGAUUUCAAUCGGGGAGUGAUUGGCCGGAGACUAUAG